AUAUUAAAUAUAAGCGAUCAAUCGGCGUGGGCUGUACCCGCCGUUCAGCAAAUCAGGAGUCUCUGCAGCAUCCCGACGUUGGAAUCAAUUAAGCUUAAGAACUACGCAGAGCAGUGGAGCUUUUCUGCGGACGAUUCUGCAGCCUUCUCCCCCGAGAGGCGUCCCAAGUGGCGGAAACUAACCCAACCCUACUUUCUUUCGUACUGCCGGCAAUGGGGACUUCUUCAUCCCAUUCCUCGCCUCCAUCUAUGGAAGCUGCCGAAGAGCUCCGCAGAAAUCGAAUCCUAUCCAGCAAGCUCUACUUCAAUGUGGCUCCAUCCAAGGUUGCCGUCAUCUAUUCUCCUUCGUACGAUAUAGCGUUUCUUGGAAUCGAGAAACUGU